AUGGCACGGCUGCAGCUAGCGGGGAGCCGGCGCCUCGUUCCCUUGCCCCGCCGGGCGCCCAGACUCGCUCCGCUGCUGCUGCCGCUGCUGCUGGCGCUGCCCGACGGGGCGAGGGCGGACUGCCCGUGCAAGGUCCCAGCGCUGUGCCGUCCCAUCACCCACCGCCCCGACUUCGAGGUCUUUGUAUUUGAUGUUGGACAAAAAACUUGGAAACAUUAUGACUGGUCACAGAUUACAACUGUGGUACUUUUUUCAAAUUAUGACCCAGAACUCAUGUGCCAUGCUCAUGCAAAAGGAGCCAGAGCAGUGCUGAGAGGAGAUGUAUCUGUAAAGGAUAUCAUUAAUGCUACUUUCAGAGCAUCCUGGAUAGCUCAACAAGUUAAGCUGGCCAAAACACAAUAUCUGGAUGGAAUUAAUCUAGACAUAGAACAAGAUGUUGCUCAUUCAUCACCUGAAUAUUAUGCAUUAACUGCUUUAGUCAAAGAAACCACAGACUCUUUCCAUCGUGAAAUUGAAGGAUCACAGGUAACCUUUGAUGUACCUUGGGGUCCAAACUGCGUAGGUGCAAGGUGCUAUAACUAUACCGGAAUUGCAGAUGCCUGUGACUUUCUCUUUGUGAUGUCUUAUGACGAACGAUGUCUGGCCUGUUCACAAUGUAUUGCAGGAGCCAAUUCUCCCUAUAUUCAGACACUAACUGGAUAUGAUGACUUCAUCAAGAUUGGAAUUAACCCUAAGAAACUUGUAAUGGGUAUUCCCUGGUAUGGUUAUGAUUAUACCUGCCAAAAUCUAUCAGUGGAUCAUGUUUGUACCACUGCAAAAUACCCUUGUAGAGAUGCUGUACAUCGUCAAGUGACCUAUCAAACAAUUAUGAAGCAAGUAAAUAGUUCUACUUCUGGAAGACUGUGGGAUAAAAAUCAGCAGUCUCCUUAUUAUCACUAUAAAGAUCAGGCUGGCCAUUUCCAUCAAGUGUGGUAUGAUGACGCUCAGAGCAUUUCUCUAAAGGCAUCAUAUGUACAAAAACAUGGCUUACUUGGCAUUGGCAUGUGGCAUGCAAACUGCCUUGACUACUCUGGAGAUGCUAUAGCAAAACAGCAAACUAAAGAAAUGUGGAAAGCCUUAAAACCAAACCUGUGA